UCCGUGUUGUCUCCACUGGCAACGGCAAAGUUGUCUAUCGUUGGUAACAGGUAGCUCAAGGUAUUUAUUAUGGCUGGAAACGGUGUUCGAGUGGACCCGCCGUUUGUCGAGUUCAACGAUGUGCAAGUCGGGCAGGUUUUCAAGACGACUGUCACCGCGACCAAUGUCGGGAAAACCUCCAAGAAAAUGGGAUUUCAAGGGCCCAUGUCAAAGUUGUUCUCGUUCAAGGCCGUGAACGCAGCCAUGGCAGUGGCUCCUGGUCUGUCUGUAAGCUGCUCACUGGAGUUCAGUCCAGAGAGAGAGGAAGAGGUCAGAGACCGAAUCCUGCUUCAUGUAGAUGCUCUGGAGACCAUAGAGAUCCCGCUGCUGGUGUUCCCCCGGUCCUGUGUCCUCCUAAUGGACACGGUAGUUGACUUUGGCUCUGUUGCAGCCAGCAGCCAGUUGAUCAGCAAACAGCUGCCAUUGACCAAUCAGGGAUCAGCACCAGGAAAGUUCCAGGUGCAGUACUGUGGGGACCCCUCACUCAGACUUUCACCCUGCAGUGGCGUCAUAGCAGCUGGCGCCACUCAGUGGCUGAAAGUUGAACUGCAUACAGACAGACCGAGGCACAUUGAGGAGAAGGCACUAGUGAAGGUCCAGAAUUGUUCCACUGUCAUUCUCAGUAUCAGGGCUAAGGUGGUGGACCAAUGCCUUGAGCUUUACAACCUCCAGGGGACUCCUCUGUCCUCUUUGUGGUUUGGACCUGUCUACUUUGGGACGUCCUGUGUCAAGAAUGUGGUUCUGAGGAACAAUGGACCCCAGGCCUGUGAUUGGGUCAGUGUGCUGCAAGAUGCUGCUGCUGGGACUGAGAUGGGUACAGAUCUCCAGAAGAACACAAAUGCCACCCUUGUGGAGAGGGUGAAACGGUGCUGUGCAGCCACACAGGACGGCAAUAAGGUCUUAGCAUGCAUCCCCAACCAGGGUCGACUGGGACCAUACGAUAAAACCAUGCUGACAGUAUGCUUCAGUCCCCUCUGCAAGAGACCCACUGAAGGGAAGAAGUGUGCUUGCUUAUCCCGCCGGCGAGACUACUCUCUGUUCCUGCUGUUUGAGUCAGUGGGAAGUAAACAUGGCUUCACUCACCGCAAUGGCCACAGCAGUGUGGAGCUGGCAGUUACUGGCUCAGGCCUGCCUGUGUCUCUAGUGCCCAGUCCCUCUGAAAACUUCAAUUUCCUCAGUACAGUGAGAGGACAACAUGUGGAUAUGCUGUGUGUGCUUCAGAACCUCUGCCCUCUGAUUCCCAUUAACUUCCGUUUCCGCAAGACAGCACAUUUUACCACAGUACCCUCUGCAGGUACCAUCAACCCUGGGCAGUGCCAGGAUGUGGUUUUGUCUUUCACUGCACGCCAGCAAGGGAGUUUCCGAGUGCGUCAGAAGCUAGAUGUUUUAGGUCCCGUUUUUCACCAAAGUGGUGAUGAUACCGCUGGUGCUGUCACUGGACUUCGCCUUUGUAGCUUCCACACCCUCACACUACACCUGUUGGCUGUCUGCCGCAGUGAAACCACACAUCCUGAGCCCAAGCUAAAUCCUGGCAUCACUCCAGUCGUGACCAACCCGACUGGGUCACGGCCUCAUGUCAGGUCUCGUGAGCUGUCUCACUGCAGUGGGAUGGUGCAUGCUGCAGUCCUCAGUGCCGCCAAAACACGGCUCCACACUCAUUGCAGGGAGGGGAGCCAAAGCGUGGGGGAGGAGGAGCUUGUGGCCUUUCCCAAUGAUCGAGCUGCUAGCAUCAGGCCCGCCUCACCACACACACAAUACAGGACUAUUUUCACUGGCAUGAAGCGCUAUUGCUACAUGGACCCUGACUAUGCUUUCACUGAGAAGGAAGAGGAGCAGAGACAAAGACACAGACAGAUCUAUAUAGACUUCAUCAGCCAGCUCAGACAAACACGUCUGCAGAGCAUCAAGGACAGACAGCAGAGGAAAGUGGACAGUGAAGUGGACAUUGGGAUUGUUCCAGCUCAGGGGCUUUUUCCUCCGAAGCUUCUCCUUAGUGACCUGGAGACGAAUAAGAUCCCAGAGACCAAGCGAAAACUCAGUACCAGCAGUCCUCUAGCAAACAACAGCAGCUGCUCCCUGGUCCGCAGUCAGGUGACAGAGGUAAUGAAUGCGGUUCCUUCUACCAGCCAGGAGGUGGCAGACUGCAGCAGGACUCUAACAGCCCAGGAGCUGUACCAAAUAAUUAUUGGCCCUUUAUUGGUGGACUUUGGCGAGGUGUGUGUGCAGUCGGUGUGUGUUCAGAGGCUGGAGCUGGCCAACCAUCUGUCAGUGAACAUCUGGGUGCAGCUGGAGGUGGACUGCCCGGAGCUACAGGGCUCCUGGCCUCUCUCCCAUGUCCUGCCACCCCUGUCCCGCACCACCUUACCCCUAGUGUUUCAGAGCCACAAGCUGGGCAGCUUCCACAGACCCAUCUCGUACUCAGUGAACCAGCAGCACUCUGGUCAGGUGGUGGUCCAGGCUCAGGUUGUUCCCUUGGCUCUGGAACUGUCCACCGCCCAGCUAGUCCUCAGCCCCACCCCCUCCCUGCUGGCCCAGUCAGGAUUCAGGAGCUCUGUCACCCUUAGAAACCGGCAUAACCAUGCAGUCGAUUUCAAAUGGCGACCAGUAGUCACAGAGAGAGGCAUCCUGUUCUCCAUUCGACCAGCUGCAGGUACAGUGGAAGCAUACAGGGAGUUGGACUGUGAGGUGGUGUGGCAGCCCUCCUUCUCCUCCCCUGCAGAGGGAGACUUUGACCUCUGUGUCCAUGAGGGCAACACACAACGCCUGCACUGUGUUGCCAAGGUUUGCUCCUCCAGUGUCCAGCUGGCAGACAAACACCUGACAUUUGGAUCAGUGCCUCUCAACAUGUCCUCCAUCAGAACUGCUGUCUUACACAACACUGGACAGAACCAUGCCUACUACCAGGUGCUGGACGUGUGCCCACUGCCAGGCAUGGUAGUGAGUCCAGCCAGUGGUGUGGUGCCAGCGGGGGGACAGGCUGCACUCAAGAUCCACUUCAACCCCGAUGCUGUCAUCAAGUUUGACAGCAGAGUGGAGAUUGCUCUGAGGAACAUGAAGUCCAUUGAGCUCAGAUUGGGUGGAUCAGUGGAGCCCCCGCAUGUCGACCUCAGUGUGUCCCAUUUCCAGUUCCAUGGCGUCCAUGUUGGCUCUCAGCGAGCAAUACCAUUCACUCUGUCAAACCGCUCAUCAGCCACAGCCCGGGUCACCUUUGACCUGUCACAAUAUACCGACUUCACUGUCCGCAUCCCUCAACUGGCUGCAGCAGAGUGUGACCCAGGAGUGAGAACUGUAGAGGUCAAGAGUAACCAGACAGCAGACUGCUCGCUGGUCUUGUCCCCCACCCGUGUGGCUGGGUAUGACUUCAAAUUGCCCAUGGUUGUCAACGGUGUGAGAUGUCCCACUACUCCUCCUUCUCCUGUCCCCACGCCCUCGUCCUCUACUAGUUCUGGCUCGCUGUUGGCUGGCAGGAGGAAGCACAUCAUCACAGAUUGUCCCAGGCCUGUCACCAUGGCAGUUGGCUCAGGGCGUGUACAGGCCACAGUGAUAUGUGCCCCACUGGACAUGUCCCCCACGAGUCUCGAGUUCCACGUGAAACCACAAUCUGAUUCUUACACUCAGAUGGUGGAGCUGAGGACAGUGUGCGUGGAGCGUGUGUGUUGGCGUAAUGUGGCUGAUGGGUGUGUGUACUGGCGGUUUGACUGCGGUGUGGCAGCACUGACAGCAGGAGGCAGAAAAGGGGGGGGGCUGUUCUCUGUGUCCCCCUCAUCAGGGAGUCUGGGGCCCGGUCAGAGCGUCUGUGUGGCAGUCAGGAUGAAGCCCGAGGCUGUCACCACCGUGUCUGGCAGAGUGACCCAGCUGUCCCUCCCUCUCUUCCUGGGUGAGGAGGGAAGACAGGACAGUCAUCACCCCUACCGAGAGCUUUCCAUCACCAUCACGCUCCACCUGCCCAACAUCACCAUCCUCCCCCCACGCCUCCUCCUCACCCCAGUACCCCUGGACAGCACCGCCAUGGCCACCCUCACCCUGUUGGCUUCUGGAUAUCCUAGUGGGACCACUGUAUUGGUCAACAUGGAUGAGGUGGAACUGGAGGAUGGGACAAAGGUGCAGCCUGUCUCAGUUGUUUUUCCCCAGGGAAACACCAUCCCUGAUACAGCCCAAGACCAGGAGGGCACCUCGACUUCUCUAAUUUGCACCGUGUCCUUCUGCUCUGCUGUCCCCCUCUCCCUCUGCUCCACCAUCACCUUCACCGACCACCUCAACAACAGGUUUCAGGUCAAGGUGUGUGCUGUGGCUGAUAACUGUCUGUUGACUGUCUGGCCCUACAUGGCUCUGCACCGCUCCCAGCAACAGAUAGUUCUCAAGACUGGUAUAGCGACCCUGGAGGCGGUCCUUCAGCGAUGUCACUCACCAAGUCCUACCUCUGGCCUCACUUUGUCAUCAUCCUCCUCCUCCUUUGCUCACUUCACCUCUCCAAGCAAGAACUCUACCUCCGACUCCUUUCCAGACAGUGAGAGUGUGAAUAGUCAAACUAGCAGACAUGAGGAGUUUUGUCCCAACAGUGGCACCAUGACCAAUCCCAAUGUCCCAGGAUUCCCUUCUGCAGACUCUGCAGAGGGGCCGUACUACCAGAGUGUCCUCUCGGCUGCCGAGAGGUGGUUUAGCCUCUUUGGCUGGCCAAACGGGUCACACCCCAUCACAAUACCAUACACACUCAGAAGGGUUGUGUCCAAAAUUCAGACAGAUGAUUCCUGUGGGCGGAGCAACCGAGUCAUUCAGAUUAAAGACUCCAGAUCAGUACUGGACAUGCUUCAUCACCUGACUGGCAAAAAGAUUCCUGGUAUUCCUCGCAGCCAGUCCUUUUCUAAGGACAUAGAGCAGCGCACCAAUCAGUUGCUACAGCAACACGAAACCAUGCUUUCUUUUCUCAGGGUACAGGGAGCCUGUUUGUGCCACAUCAGACCAGAGUAUCUGCUGGACAUGCAGGAGUUCAACCACUGGUGCACUCUACAGGUAAAUCAGGAAGGGAAUGGACUCGGCUAUAGCAGAGUUGACUAUGAGUCACUGAGCAAACAGUCCUGGACUGAUGUGCUGCUGCAAAUAUACAAGGUGUUUGUCUUGCGUCGGGUGUCAGAGGGAGCUUUGAAUUCAACUUUGAGCCAGCAGGUCAGAGAUCACAUCUUCCCUGUCAGCUCACUGCCGCUGGCCAGCAAUGUCUACUCUACCUGGGAGCUCUGCCUGCUCUCAUGGCUCAACAUGCACUUCCAGAGCAUGAGGAAGAUUGUCUGGGGUACAGGUGACAUCCCAUCAGCCCACUGGGUAGUGAAUUUUGACCUGGACCUGGCAGAUGGACUGGUGCUAGCUGCACUGCUUGCCGCCUACUGCCCUUACCUGAUCUCCAGCCACUUCCGGAGGAUGUACACCAGAACCAGCAGUCUUGAACAGAUCCUACACAACAACAUCAUAUUGGUGCAGGCCUUAACCAAACUCUCCCUCAAUAUAGAUGUACAGCCCACAGAUUUGUCAGACCCUAACCCAGUACAGAUGUUAAUGCUGUGUGUCCACCUGUAUGAAAAGUUGCCACAAUACCUGCCACUGCGUACCAUCACACUGUCUGGAGGACUGCACUGCACCUUAAGCAAGCAGGUGUGUCUGAAAAGCCCGUCCUCUAAGCCUCUGAAAUACCAGGCCCUCAUUUUAGGAGAGGACGCCCCCUUUUUCUCCCUUCCCGAUGGAUCUGCCAUCACCAUUCCUCCCAAUGCAACCACAGAAGUUACAGUUCAGUACUGCUGCUCCUUCCUUCGGCCCCUGGAAGUGCUCCUGCUGCUCACCUCCAGCUUUGCUGUUGGUCCUCGUGGUGCCACUCUUGCCUUUACCCUGAAGACUCAUGUCAGUCAUAUCACAUCUACAAAGACUGUCAAGUGUAAAUCCCCAAUGUACCAGAUGAAACUGAUCGAGCUGCCAAUAACUAACCCUUUCAAUAAGGAAGCCAGGUUCAGGGUGGUACUGGUAGAGUCCAAGUCCAAUCCACUGGAGCCUGAAAAAAGAAAAGACAUCCUCACUCAACAGGUCUCCUUCAAAACCAGUCCCCCACAAGAGAAGAUGAGUUCAGACAGCAGCUGUGAGGAGGAGAUGGAAGGGAAGUUCACAGAUAUCUAUGAUGAAGGCAGCGAAUUCUUCAGUGCAGUGAAGAGUGUUUGUCUGAAGCCAGGCCAAGAAGACACUCUGAACAUCCACUACCUUCCCUUCUACCUGGGCAACAAGUACUGCUCUGUGCUGCUUGUCUGCCCACAGGUGGGAGAUAUGGUGUAUAUGGUGAAGGCCACAGCAGAGCUGCCUCUCCCUUCUUCUCUCACUGCCAAGCCCGGUCCUAGCAUAGCAACAAACUCAAACACCUCUGACUCUGGAUCAAUGCUGAGUCUACACUGCAAGGUAGGACAGGUGUGUGACGAGGUGCUGCAUUUGCCGCUUGUCAAUACAGCCUGGGAGCAGGCUCUAGCCACCUGGGGUCAGUACACCAUGAGCGCCGAAGAGCACAGGAGACGGGCACUCACACACACGCUGGACAGCAGCACCGUGAGGGCGAACACAGUUGCACGCAGGCUCACCCAAAAACAGGAGAUAGAGUACAGAGUGGAAGUUUCUCUGCCAAAGCUCUUAACUUUACCUCACACUAUUAUACUUCCUAUAAGAGGAGACACCAACAUACCACAGAGGAAUCCUGCAGACCGGGAGUGUGUGGAUAUGCCGCUGCGGUUCCAGGCCGACUCAGCGGGCCGGUUCAUUUGUCAGCUAGUGCUGAUGUCCUGGUGCGACACUAGAGUCUACCUACUAGAGGCACUGGUUACUUCACAGGAAGGAUACACACACUUGGACUUCAGUUCACCAACUCACCAGCCAGUCUCCCAAGAUAUACCACUGUACAAUGAGUCUCACCAGGACUGGAAGCUGCGAAGUGAAGUGUGUGGUGAAGGAUUCUUUGGCCCCAAAGUGUUGAAAGUACCAGCGGGUACAAAAGCCUGUUAUCCCCUCACCUUUAAGCCAUCCAAACAGUGCAUUGUCAUGGGCAAGUUAUCUCUACUGAAUGACUGUGACAACACAGAACACACGUUUACCCUCAGAGGAGUGGGAGAGCGCCCCCUGCCAGUAGACCACGUGGUAUUACACUGUUCUGUGGGCCAGGUCACACACACUCAGCUGCAAGUCCCCAACUACAGCCAGUACAAACUCACCCUGAAGGUGGUGACAGACCUAUCUGUUGUGAGUGGGGCUCCCUCCCUGGAGAUUAAACCCGGUCAAAGCGUUCCGUACACCCUGACUGUGUCACCAUGGAAACGAGGAAAACAGUCAGGUUGUGUGUCAUUUCUGGUAACUGAUGAGGCACAAGGGGCCAAGAAGAACAAAGGAAAUAUGUCUGGACACUAUGAGGUGUAUUUCUCUUUAGAGAUAAUUUGUGAACCAGCAGCCCCUGUUAAGGUCAUUGAUGUGCAAUGUGCUGUUCAGAGCUCGGUUGUCAUAGAGAUCCCUGUCAGUAACCCUCAUGGGGAACUUCUGUUGCUCGACGUGUGCAUUGAAGGAGAGGACCUAAGUGGGGCCAAGCAUGUGUCAGUUCCUCCGCGAGUCACAUUCACCUACAAGGCCACCUUCUCCCCUGGUACAAUAAGAAUGAGGACAGGCAGUGUGGUGUUCCAGUCGCAGCUGGUGGGAGAAUUCUGGUACCAGUUGGAGCUGUGUGCUGUGCCCCUUCCAGUCAACACACUACCAGAGGUCCAGUGUCAGCUGGGCAAAUGGAUCAGACAGACCAUUCCCCUGGUUAACCCAACAGCAGAGCCUCUGGAGCUGACUGUAGCCAACACGAACCCCCGAAACUACAGGCUGGAAAUGGCUUCAGGAAGCACCCUCAUUGUGGUGCCCCGCUCCUGCAUGCAGCUCGGUGUCCGUUUUAGUCCCUCAUCCAUUGGAGAGGGAAACCACACAGCACAAAUCACUUUCACCUGCCCUCAGUUGAAGGAAUGGUGUUUCUUGUUGAGCGGGCGUGGCCUGACUCCAAAGAUACAGGAGCCACUGAGCAUCUCGUCCACUGUUGGCUCUCAUAUCUCCGUCAUCAUUCCCUUCACAAACCCCACUGAGCUCCCAGCCCUGCUCAGCAUCACACUCACAGAUGAGGACCCAAGUGGGGUUCCCGGCUGUCAUCCGGUCACUGUGGACAAGGAGGCUUUUUGCAUUCCUCUGAGACAUACUCAAGGCGUGCGGGUCAGUGCAGGGGCCAGUUUAGAUGUGCCUGUGGUGUUUGCCCCUCGCUCUAUGGAGCUGCAGCAGGCCCAGCUCUGCAUCUUUAUGGAGCCUCUCAGCAACCAGAGCAACAGCACAGCCUCCAACACCAGCAACAUGAGGUCAGAGCAGGAGUUGCCAACCAUCCGUUGGGUUUACCCUCUCCGUGGGAUUCCCAUGGAAGCGUCCAGUGGGCCUUCUGAACUCGGAGUGUUCCAGUGUGAGGCCGGCUGCCUGCUGGAGGAGAAGGUUGAGGUUGAGCUCAUUGGUUGUGUGCCAGGGAAUCAAGACAGUACAGGAGAGGAAGUUCCCCAGGACUCGCUGAAGAACUUCCUGUGCGAGUUACGUUCGGAUAGUGAAGCAGAGCGCUCUGAGAUUGAGAGCUGUGUUUCCGUCUCUGUCCAGGCAGCAAAGAGACAUCCUGAGUCUGGCAUCGUAAAACUCACCCUUAAUUUGGUCUACACUCCCCUCAGGCCGCACAGGUGCUCAGCAGUCCUGGAGGUACAGUGUGUUUCCGGUGGACUCUGGAUGUUUCCCAUCACUCUUGUUGCUACAGAGCUUCAGGUCGAUGAUGUCAUUAACAUUGCAGCUGUAGGGCUGGGUAAGACCUCUGCUGCGGGCUUCCGUCUGACCAGCACCACCAGGAGGCCAGAGAGGUUCACAGUGGCAUUGCUCCCAGGCAGCAGCAAUGAAUUCAUGGUGACUCCAACUUCUGGGGUCUUACCUCCCGUUGGCUCCACUGGCACCCUCAUCACUCUGUCCUUCACCCCCACCGUGUACAGCAAGAGACACAGAGCAAGACUACGUGUCCAGGCAGCAGACAUGCACUGGACCUAUGAAGUGAGAGGGAGGACCCCGAACUCCCCGCCUCACUGCACCACAUCCUCCAGUGAGAGCUCUCCUGUGCUCCAUUCAGCCAACAAACGGCAGCUAAACUUUGUGGCUUUGAACCGUCGGCUUCCUGCUCUGGCUAACUCGUCACAUCUCAAAGUUCACAGAUAA